GCCCCCGCGAGCGCCAUGCUAGUUUGCCGGGGCGCGGGGCUCACACGGGGCUUGCGGGCCCUGACGCGGCCUUGGCCGCGGGGCUCGGGAGGCCGCUCCCUGGCCCUGGUGCGCGCGGCUGGCGCGCCUCCCACUGGAGACUGGUGGCCCACCGCCCCGCCCGGGCUGCGCGGGCGCCCGCUCAGCCUGUCGGCGGCGGCGGUCGUGGCCUCGGCGCCCCGCCCUCUCCAGCCCUACUUGCGCCUUAUGCGGUUGGACAAGCCCAUUGGAACCUGGCUGCUGUAUCUGCCAUGUACCUGGAGCAUCAGUUUGGCAGCUGAACCAGGUUGUUUUCCAGACUGGUAUAUGCUGUCCCUCUUUGGCACUGGAGCUGUUCUGAUGCGUGGAGCAGGCUGUACUAUAAAUGACAUGUGGGACCACGAGUACGAUAAAAAGGUUACAAGGACAGCAAAUCGCCCAAUAGCUGCUGGAGACAUUUCAACUUUUCAGUCCUUUGUUUUUCUCGGGGGACAGCUGACCUUGGCCCUGGGUGUUCUUCUCAGUCUGAAUUACUACAGCAUAGCUCUGGGAGCAGCAUCCCUACUUCUUGUCAUCACCUACCCGCUAAUGAAAAGAAUUACGUACUGGCCUCAACUAUUCUUGGGGUUGACUUUUAACUGGGGAGCAUUACUUGGAUGGUCUGCUGUCAAGGGCUCCUGUGAUCCAUCUGUUUGCCUGCCACUUUAUUUUUCUGGAAUUAUGUGGACACUGAUAUAUGAUACUAUCUAUGCCCAUCAGGACAAAAAAGAUGAUGUGCUCAUUGGUCUCAAGUCAACAGCACUGAGGUUUCGUGAAAACACCAAGCAGUGGCUCAGCGGCUUCAGCCUGGCAAUGCUGGGGGCCCUGGGCCUAGUGGGAGUGAACUGUGACCAGACCGCACCCUACUACAUUGCCCUGGCUGCUGUAGCAGGCCAUCUGACUCACCAGAUUUCCACUCUAGAUAUCCACAGACCUGAGGAUUGUUGGGAUAAAUUUGCCUCCAACCGAACAAUAGGACUAAUAAUAUUUUUAGGGAUUGUCCUUGGAAAUUUGCAAAAAGAAAAGAAAACAGAAGAAACCAAGAAAAAUAUAGGUAGUAGAUUAGAAAAUUAGCAAAUGAAGCUCAUCUAGGAUUUUUCUUAGAACAGAUUUUUACCACACACUCUCAGGUAUUGUUUCCACAUAAUUACAUUUGAACAAACAGUCUGAUACAAUAUGUUAAAUAAUUAAGAACCAGGAGAUGAAUAUUUGUUUGCCUGGAUUUUAAUUCAACUAUUCUUCCCCCGUCUCAGAAACCAAGGGCUCUUUAGGCUUUGAGGUGACCUCGAGGGUUUAAGUUGAUUCAUCCUUCUGCACACUAUAAUUCUCAGGUGAAGUGAUCGGAAUUGUAUGAGUUUUGGCACUUAACAUGCAUAUUUCAUCUAAAUUAAUGGAUCUGUAAGAAAAUGCGUUCUCUUUUAAGGAAAAAUUAAAGUUGCUGUAGGAAGUUUGGGCUUAUUAUUCUUUAUUGUGAUCUCUACUCAUUGCCCAGCAGUUCUAAUUCAGGAAAUCAUUCUGUUUUUCAUGUUUUAUGACAAUUUAAGGUCCCUGGGAGUCAGAAUCGACUUGACAGCAACGGGUUUGGCUUUUGGUUUUAGGUGAUUCAGACCCAUCCAGUGGUAUUGCAGAAGAAAUGCCUGGCAAUCUGCUUCCGUAAAAUUACAGCCAAAAAAACAUCAUGAAGCAGUUCUACUUUGUAACACAUGGGGUCACCAUGAGUCAGAAUUGACUCAAUGGUAGCAUUUUUUUUUCUUUUUAGGAGAAUUUAAAUAAACAAAUAAAAUUUUACCAACUAUAUCCAUACAUGGAGCCCUGCUGGCACAGUGGUUAGGAGCUCAGCUGCUGAGCAAAAGGUUAUCAGUUCAAAUUCACCAGCUGCUCCUUGGAAACCCUAUAGCACAGUUCUACUCUGUCCUGUAGGGUCACUGUGAGGGAGAAUCAACUCAACGACAAUGAAAUUUCUGUUCUAUAGCCACAUUUAAGGAGCCCUGGGGGCGCAGUGGUUAAGUGCUCAAUUGCCAACCGAGAGGCCUGUGGUUUGAACCCACUGAAACCCAUCCACCAUGGGUGACCCCGUUGAUAUUUGAAAUACUGGUGGCACAGCUUCCAGCAUCAUAGUAACACAAGCCACCACAGCACCACAAACUGACAGAUGGGUAGUAGAACCUAUAUGUAACCCACACAAAAACAAAGGAGAGAUGAUGAUGAUUUUAAUAAAUUUCCAAAAUAAAGGAUAGGAUUGAGUACUAGAAGAAGGCCUAUAACCGCA